AUGGACAUCACGACAACCACAACCACAACCGCCGCCGCCGCUGCCGCCCCCGUCGACCCUCCCGAGUUCAUCCUCGACGUCUUCGCCGAUCCCCGCUCCGUCCGCGACGUCGUCCGCGCCAUCCUCCAUACCAUCUUCUUUAACCGCUUCUUCCCCUCCGUCUGCCCCUCCACCCGCGACGUCCUCGACCUCACCCUGCCCUACGUCGACAACGAUGAGCUCGCCACCAUGAUUGAGCAGCGCGCCGCCGCCCUGGAGCGCCAACUCGACGCCGAGCGCUCCUCCUCCGCCGCCUCCGCCUCCAACCCGUCCUCCGCCGCCACUAUGUCCUCGUCGCCCCGCCAUCAGUACACCUCACCCUCCACGGCCACCACCGCCGUCACUUCCUCCUCGGCCAGCGGCGCGCGCGGCCAGAUAUCCGUACGCUUCUUCGAGAAGAGGCGUCGCAAGACAUGGCUCGCCCGUGGCGACGAGGAAGUCUGCUGGGAGUGCUGGACGGUCAAGGUGACGGUCGCCGAGCCGAGGACCGAAUCAGAGCGCGCCAAGGUCCGAAGAGCCAUGGAGCAGACCCUCCUCACCACCGCCAUGAAGAUCGUCACCUUUGCCAACACUCACAAGGACCACAUCCCGCCCAUCACCACCCACGGCGGCAAUCCCUUUCCCUGCAAGAUAAGCAUCGAGCAAAAGGAGAGCACAGGCUGGGCCGCGCGCAUGCGCAUCUACUAA